GAGGGCGGCAAGGAUCUUGCACAGGUCGAGUCACAUCGGGACCCAGUUUGUCCACUCCUCUACGGCUGGCGGCUCUUCGCGGACGAACUCCACCAAGGGGUGUCCGAUGGCCCGUUUGAGCUCCUCCAGACGGCGGAGCGAAGGCAAGACGUCCUUGCCAAGGAAGAAGCUAGCCACGCCACUCCCAUCGACGUUGCCGUGGUCCUCAGGCACAAACAUGACGUUGACCUGCUCCACAGCCAUGCACCCUCGCUCCGCCAACGCAUUCUGAAUGAAGGACAGACAAUCAACACACACAUCCAGCCGUGUUGUGCCGGUCCACCGCCAUGCACCCACCAUACCUUCAGUUCCACGAGCCCCUGUUGGUUCGCUCCGCCAUGUGGCGAAAGCAAGAUGCAGAUGGUCCUGAUGCGACUGAGCCAGUCGGCCUCCCCGUGGCCGGUCCUGGGAUAGCAAGUCCGGACAGACCGGGCCAUCUCGCCAGGCAGCCGACCAUCAAUGACGUCGGGCAGCUGGACGGGGAGUUGCCCUCCUCCCUGCUGCGGAACUAGCUGCGGCACGUUGCCGCUGGCCGCCAUCUCAAUGGAUUAGAGGCAGCUAGGCGCCGCCAGCCACCCUGCACACAACAGACAGACAAUACAGAAAACAUGAAUCCAUGAGUUGCCAACGCCUGUCAUCGCAUCUACCUCGCAGUUGGCUUUCGGCCAAGGACAACGGUACGCUACACACGUGCAGAAGCACAC